AUCGACCUUCUCUCUAUAAAUCCAACCAAUCCAUACCUCAUUACAGAGAAACAAAGAGAGAGACACACGAGAGAGAGAGAGAGAUGGGUAGAGAGAGAGAGAGAUAUGGGCGUGGAUAAGCCUCAUGCGGUUUGCAUUCCAUUCCCAGCACAAGGCCAUAUCAACCCAAUGCUAAAGUUAGCGAAGCUACUCCAUUCCAGGGGAUUUUACAUCACCUUUGUCAAUACCGAGUUCAACCACAAGCGCCUCUUGCGGUCCAGAGGCUCUGAAUCUUUCAGCCGCCUUCAUGAGUUCAGCUUCGAGACCAUACCCGACGGCCUUCCGCCGUCCGACCGUGAUGCUACCCAAGACAUACAGGCUCUCUGCCAGUCAACAAAAGAAAACUGUCUCACACCGUUCCGCAACCUUGUGACGAAGCUCAACGACACAGGUGGCAUACCUCGGGUGAGCUGCAUCAUCGCCGAUGGGAUCAUGUUAUUUACACUGCCAGUCGCUGACGAGCUUCGCAUACCUGAGGUUCUAUUAUGGACAACGAGUGCUUGCGGCUUCAUGGGCUACCUAUACUAUCGGCAGCUGAUCGAGAGAGGCUUCACACCGUUCAAAGAUGAGAGCUGCUUCACAAACGGAUACCUGGACACUCGCAUCGAUGGGUUACCCGGCAUGAAGGAUAUCCGUCUAAGGGAUUUCCCCAGUUUUAUCCGGACAAUGGAUCCCAACGACUUCAUGCUCAACUUUGCAGACCAAGAAUCACAUAGAGCUUCCAAAGCAUCGGCGGUCAUUUUCAACACAUUCGAUGAAUUGGAGCAUGAUGUUCUAAAUGCCAUGAAAUGCUUGAUUCCCCAGAUUUACACUGUCGGUCCUCUAUCACUUCAAUGCAACAAGAUACCAGACAGUAGCUUGAAGUCGAUUGGAUUGAGCUUGUGGAAAGAAGAAGAUGAAUGUCUUGAGUGGUUGGAUAAAAAGAAGCCUGGAUCGGUCGUUUAUGUUAACUUUGGGAGUAUCACAGUUAUGUCGGCCGAACAGCUGGGUGAGUUUGCCUGGGGGCUAGCGAAUAGCAACCAUUCGUUCUUGUGGGUCAUUCGCCCCGAUCUUGUGGUGGGCGAUGCAGCCAUGUUGCCUCAAGAGUUCUUAAGUGUGACACAGGAGAGGGGCCGGCUUGCAGGUUGGUGCCCACAAGAGCAAGUGCUGUCUCACCCUUCGAUCGGAGGGUUCCUAACGCAUUGCGGGUGGAAUUCAACGAUCGAGAGCAUAUCUGCGGGCGUGCCUGUUAUAUGUUGGCCAUUCUUCGCUGAGCAACAGACAAACUGCCGGUUUUCUUGCACUGAGUGGGGGAUAGGCAUGGAGAUUGACAACGACGUGAGGCGAGAUGGCGUUGAGGGGCUUGUGAGGGAGCUGAUGGAUGGAGAGAAAGGACAGAAGAUGAGGAAGAAGGCCAUGGAAUGGAAGAAGGUUGCUGAGAAUGCUACAAAGAGAGGAGGGUCUUCUGACGUGAAUCUGGACAAACUCAUCGGUGAGAUACUUUGUGCCGUAAAAUACUAGUCUACUCUUAUGGCUAUAAUGGGCAAUGGACAACCUAUGUACACGUGGCGUGCACGUACAUCAAUUUAAACCGUCCGAUUCUUCAGCUCCACUAAAAUUUGACGGUUUGGAUAAAAAGGAUUAAAUGUCCAAAUAACGGUUACAUCCAUCAAUGGGGUUGUACCCAUA